AAUGGACGGUCUACCUUUUAUACCAGGAUUUCGUUUUACAGACAUAACAAAAAAAGAUCACCAUUUAAGUUCUCAGUUUCGAUGGAAAAACGGAUAUGCUAUUCCAAAAGACAAGUCAUUGGGCAUUGGAAAAGCCCCUUUAGACGUGGACUUCAUGCUAUACAGUAAAACAUUAGGUACCAUAGGAUAUAAUCCAACAUUGACUUAUGGAAAAGCGAAAGAUCCGCCGAAACCAAUUGUUCAACCACAUUUCAUAAUGUUUGAUGGAAAAUGUCUCUCCUUUAAUGGAUUUACUCAACAGCCUAUAACUGAAUCUGCUGUGGAUACGUCGUAUAGAGUUCGCCGUGUUAAAAUUACAUAUUUUUUGGUCGAUGACUCUAUAAGUGUCGUGGAACCCAUUGUAGAGAACGCAGGUUAUGUCCAAGGAUGUCUGUUGAAACGUGGCCAGAUACCGAAUCCACACCGUAAGAACAGGACUUGGCAUUGGUCUGAUUUGAACAACGGCGUGGAACUUAGUUUCUACGGAGUCGUGUAUAAAUUGUGCAGUUGUGACUCAUUCACCAGACAAUUCUUGUCGAGCCAGGGUGUGGAAGUCGAUGUCGACAGACCAGUGCCCGACGACCCUUACAUAAGUGCCAGACGGAAACAUUUACUUCAGCAGAAGAAACAACAGUCUACAGCAUUGGCUUUAAAGUUUGGGUUUGGCAGUCGAUCGAUCGAAGACGAUAAGCUUAAACAGUUUUUGGAGAAUGACGGCAAGGUACUCAGAUUUUACACGGCGUGGCUCGAUGAAGGAUCUGAACCUGCAGAAUGGAAGUUCUUUGUACUUUUGUAUUUUAUGGCUUAUGACCGUGUAGAAAUCUACGAAUCAAGAAAAACGGGAAAUACAUGUGGACAAAACUCUUUCCCUUUGUUCUUAGGCAAAAUUAGAUUACCAAAGGAUUGGUCAAACUUACCGCCAAAUUUUCCAUCAAUUUAUUUGGAACCUGGAAACAAAGAAUGUGAAGAAUAUUAUCAACCAAAAGAUUUUAUCAUAGGAAAUACUAUUUUUGUGAUGGGUCGUAGAUUUUUACUUUACGACUGUGAUCCAUUUACUAGAAACUACUAUAAAGACAUUUUGCAAAUCAUUCAACCUCAUUCUAUAGAAGUCUUUAACCCAAAAGAUAACUUUCCAACUGUAUCUAAAUUGGUAAUACCACCUCACACAGGAAUUGGUGAUCCAGAUGAUACACGGCAGAAUUGUUUAUCACUGAUACCUAAAGCCCCUAAAACAUUGGAUUUUGUUACUUAUGUACUAAAUGCUAGUAAAAAACUUAGGUAUAAAUUGAAGAUGGUACCAGUGUAUGAAGUAGAUAAUCUUCGUGAUUUCAUCAUGGAAUAUUGCCUUGGCAAUCAUAAAAUGACUGUAGUUGAAUUGGCUAGUAAGAAUAGUGGAUUCAUUAAAGGACGAUUCAUGUCAUCUACAAGGUUACGGAAACCAGGCACUAAUAUAGAUGAAGAUCAGUUUUAUGGAACUAAAGAUUUUGCUAUUGGUGCAGAAUUACAUGUAAGAGGAUCAGUUUUUAUAAUUGUUGAGUUAGACCUAUGGACAUAUAAUUAUAUGAUUGAAAAUAAGGAUAAGUUUACCCAGGAGGCUAUUGAUAAAGCCAAAUGUUACCUUGAAAGUAAAGGUUUGCUAAUUACACAGCAAAAACCAGAUGUCAUUAAUCAGAAUUCAAUAACUAGAGACAUCAGUAAUUCUAUACAGACUGAAUCACUGGAAGAUACUGUUUUGAUUAAUAAAAUGAACCAAUCUAAUAUUAAUAUUUAAUAAUAGUAAUGAUUAACAAUUAUAAUAUAGUAGUAAUUACUUUAAAAUAUAAUGUA